AUGUCUUUCAAGUCGCUCUUCACCCCUCUUCAGAUUGGAUCUAUAACGCUGAAGAACCGUAUUACUAUGUCUGCGCUCACUAGAAAUCGUGCAGCGGAUACGUAUCCUAGUGAUCUCAUGAAGGAGUACUAUGUUCAACGUGCGAAAGGCGGAGCUGGACUCAUCGUCACAGAAGGCAUUCUAGUGACGCGUCAAGGAACUGAGUGGCCCCAUGCCCCUGGACUUUGGGACUCCAAGCACGUCGCAGGUUGGAAAAAUAUUGUAGAUGCAGUCCAUGAAGCAGGAGGGCAUAUCUACGCACAAGUUCUCGGUCGCUUGUCCCAUCCUGAGGCUGAACAGCAAAAACUAGCCGGAGUCCCAGUAUAUGGUCCUUCCGCAAUCAGUGCUCGUGGAGGCAAGUUCAGGACCAUUCCUGGAGUUCCUGGCUAUGUUACGCCUACAGCUAUUGAAGAUCCCUGGACGAUCAUCAAGCAGUUUAAGCAUGCCGCUGUCAAUGCUAAAGAAGCCGGCUUCGAUGGUGUUGAGCUGCAUGGAGCAAAUGGUUACAUUGUUCAGCAAUUCCUCGACAGCACUGCUAAUUUGCGCACUGACCAAUGGGGCGGGAGUAUUGAAAACCGUUCCCGCUUUGGCUUGGAGGUUCUUAAAGUAAUGGUCGAGGUAUUUGGAGAAAACGUUUCAUUGAAACUUAGUCCUUGCGGAGGUUACAACGACGUUGGCAUGCCCCUUCAAGAGACGCUGGACACUUAUUCGUACUUUAUUUCGGAAGCCGACAAACUGAAGCUCUCCUAUUUCAAUCUCGUCAGAUAUUCCCCUUCCUUUGAUGUUGAAUUUGAUGGUAAGUCUUCCAAUCCGCAUGAUGUGCUCGAGUCAUAUGGGCAUUUAAUUAAGAAUGGCAAGAAAUUUUUGAACGCAGGAGUAACCGCCGAAGAAGGAGAAAAAUUGAUAUCUGCCGGAAAACUCGAUGCAAUUUCCAUUGGAUUCAAUUGGAUUACACAUCCCGAUCUAGCAAAGCGCGUAGAGCAUGGAAAGCCUCUCAAUAACAUGCCGGAUAUCCCUCAUCUUCAAACCAGCAAGACUUCUGGUGACUGGGCUACAGGAUAUACUGACUACCCUACUGCGACAUACUGA